GAAGAUCGAAGGAAGCCAUAGCUCUUGCAGUUCCGCACUCCGCAAGCUGCCCCCUGCAGUCGAAGAACCGAGUCAAACGCCAGUGACAGAGCGCCGAUGGGGCGACACCGGGAAGCCUCCGCCCGAGGAAGCGCCGGAUUUGGCUCGCCGUCGCUGCUCGCGCUCCUGCUGCUGCCGCUGCUCCCUUCGAUCUGCGCCGCCUACAGGCCGGGCGACAUCGUCCCGCUGGCCAGGAUGGGACAAUACCACUCCUACAGGUCGCCAUGGCAAGACGUGAUCGGCCGCAACUGCCCUCAAUUCGCCGUUAACCGCGAGGUAUUGGUUCCUAUUCCGAGACCGGAGGGUUUUACGAACGCUGAUCCUUACAAAGUGUCUUUCCAAGUUGGAAGAGAGAAGUUUCUAGUCCCGUGGCUUUUUCUUAUCAAUCGCAACAGUAAAGAGGUCCCGAUGAUUGAUAUGCAUUUGAGAUACUCAGGAAGUGAUUUGCUUGGUGUGACAGCCAAAGUUGUGGAUAUGCCUCACCAUUUUGUUGAAAUUCAUCCCAACAUCAAGACACAAUUUUGGGAUGUCAAUAGUUGGCCAAAACAUGUGCUUGUCAGAUACUCAUGGGAGGAGCAGUCAGAGAUUGACGUGACUUCUGGAUUUUAUGUUUUGUUUGGAUCAGGGCUCAUGCUGUCUUUCAUUCUCUCAAUCUACGUCUUGCAAUCAUCCCGGGAAAAACUAGCAAGGUUUGUCAAAGAAACUGUUGCAGAGAGCAGCAUGCCUCCCGGCGGAGUGGCAAAAGUUGAGUGACAAAUUGUUGGAAUGGUGGAGGAAUUAUUUGUAGAUUCAGAAUCAGCCCCAUCAAGAGGAACUUGUAGGACCUAUCAGGGGAUCUGUCUUUUAUCAGACAAAAAGCUUUACCUUCAGAAAUUUUGUCUACAUUCUUCUCUACGUGGCCAGAAAGAUGUGAGCUAUACCUGUAUUUAUGUACUGGCUUUUCUUGGCCAAAUCCAUACAGUGCCUCUUAAAAAUGUUCAAAUUGCAUCCCUCCUUGAGUCUAUGAGCAUACGUUUCUCUCUGAAAAUGCUCACCCCUAGUUAGUAUCAGACAUCGUUUCCUUAUUCUAAUAGCUUAUUCUGAUAGGCGGCUUUGAUUUACAGCUUUUGGAGUUUUUUAAUAGAAGUAGCUUUACGUUGAGACUAAGAAUAGUGUGCAUGUGUUGUAAAUUUCUAAUGAUAUUGAUUAUUGAACUUCUUGAAGA